GCGAAAUCCGAACCUCAAAAUGGUGAGCUCGGGAUCGCGUCUUCCCUUGUCGAUGCUGUUGCAAACCAAGGAGGCAACAGAUGAGGAACCUCGGAAAGCAUCGCGCGAAGAUUGGCGUAAAGCGAAGGAGCUCGAGGAGGCACGUAAAGCUGGUAAUGCUCCGGCCGCAGUUGACGAGGAGGGUCGCGACAUCAAUCCACACAUUCCGCAAUACAUUUCAUCCGCUCCGUGGUACUACAAUACCGCGGGUCCAACGCUAAAACAUCAGCGACCCCAGGAUGAGGACAAGGAGCGGUCGGGCAUUGACGAGUGGUACAAACGGGGUGUUGACACCUCCAAACCGUUGGUGACCAAGUAUCGGAAAGGGGCGUGCGAAAACUGUGGCGCAAUGACACACAAACGGGUGGACUGUAUGGAGCGUCCGCGCAAGGUGGGAGCCAAGUUUUCCGCCAAAGCGAUAGCACACGAUGAAUUCAUUCAGCCCACGAUCGUGAGCGACUACGAUGGUAAGCGCGAUCGAUGGGCCGGUUACGAUCCGGCAAACCAUCGGGAAAUUGUGGAAGAGUAUCUUAAAAUCGAACAAGCGAAACGGGAGCUACGCGCACAAAAGCUGAAGGAAAAUCCCGACCUGGCCGAGGAGCAGGACGAGGAGGGCGAUGAGGACCGAUACGUAGACGAGGUAGACAUGCCUGGCACGAAGGUGGAUUCGAAACAGCGCAUUACGGUGCGAAAUCUACGCAUUCGCGAAGACACGGCCAAGUAUCUGCGCAACCUUGAUCCUAACUCGGCCUACUACGAUCCGAAGACGCGUUCCAUGCGUGACAAUCCUACGCCGCUGCUGAAUCCGGAGGAGACGGAAUUUGCGGGUGAAAAUUUUGUCCGCUACUCGGGUGACAUUCAGAAGCACGCACAGGCACAACUGUUUGCCUGGGAAGCGUACGGCAAGGGUGUCGAUGUGCAUGUGCUCGCCGAACCGACAAAGCUGGAGCUGCUCCAGAAGGAGUACGAUAAGAAAAAGUCGCAGUUUAAGGAUGAGGUGAAAAAUAAGGUGCUUGAACAGUACGGCGGUGAAGAACAUCUGGCGGUACCGCCUAAAGCUUUGCUCCUGGCACAGACGGAAAACUAUGUCGAGUACUCACGAUACGGUAAGGUGAUUAAGGGGCAAGAUAAACCCAUCAUUCGGUCACGCUACGAGGAGGAUGUUUACCUCAACAACCACACCACCGUGUGGGGUUCGUACUGGAGCAAUGGUUGCUGGGGUUACAAGUGUUGUGAAUCGAUGAUUAAAAAUUCAUACUGCGUUGGUGAAAAUGGCAAAGGGGCUACUACGAUCAAACCACCUGUCGCCGAAAGUGAGACAGCUUCGGAUGCUUCAACUGCAGGAGAAAAUCAAGCAACAAAAACAUCUGCCGAACCUGUGGAAGAGUUAUCAACAGCUGUCGAAAAACAACAAUCCCAUACAACAUUGGAAACCAAACAAGAAUCCGCUGAUCGGGAUAACAGUAGCGAUAGUAAUAGCGAAAGCAACUCAGAACCAGACCCAGAUAGCAAACGCGAUCGUAAAGAAUCGAAGAAGUCGAAAAAGAAACGCAAGAAGGAAAAGAAACGGCAGCAGCGGCGGGAAGAGAAAAAGUUGCGUAAAAAAUCCACCGAAAAGGUAGAAAAGGAUAAGCUUCAGCUUGCGCUGGAAGCGGAAGAACAGAGCCAGCGGCGAGCAGCGGAUUUGCUGCGGCAGGACGAAAGGAAGCGUCCGUACAACAGCAUGUACGAUGUGAAGGCACCAACCGAAGAAGAAAUCGAAGCGUACAUGUUAAAACGGCGCCGUGAAGAAGAUCCAAUGCUCGCUUUUAUGGGCAAGUAGCUUUAUCGUGCUACACACAAAAUGAAUAGAAAGUUCAUACUUUUAUAUCAUGUAUAGACAUAAAUUAAACACGCAAUGAAAACAUAAUUUCAUGUAUGAGUUUGCUCUAAUUAAGUUAAAUAAAUUGAUUAACUUUAACAGA